UCUUGUACAGCUCUUCUUCAACCAAAAACACAAACUCAAAGUCAAAAAAACAGAUCUAAUAAAAAAACAUGAGUCGAAAAAGAGAUAAACCCUAUAACAGCAAUUUCACGCGCCACUCUCCCUACAACCACUUUCCGAAACGCCGACGUCCUCUUCCACCCCCCACCGACAAUGACGACUACCACUUUUCCGACAAACCAUCAUCAUCGGUCAAUACCAACACCAACGCUGCCGUCGUGAUCACUGGUCUAUCCACUGAUUGUUCUGUACUUGACAUUAAAUCAAGGUUUGAGAUCUACGGUUCUAUUUCACGUACUAGGAUAGAACCCGGAGGUGUUGCUUACGUCACUUUCCGGUCAAAAGAUUCUGCUGAAUCAGCUAUUGAUGCUUCACUUGAUCCUUCCUUUGGCAUCACUCUUAAUUCAAACAAAGUGCAAGUGACGUGGGCUAACGAUCCAGUUCCACAAUGGAGGGAAGGGGUUAAAUCGACGUCAAAGCUAGUGAAACCAGAGCUGCCUCUUAGUAGACAUGGAAGAGAAAACAAGCUUGGAUCAGCUAUUGUCAACCCCAGAGAUGAACAGAACGAGGCUCAUGCAACUGUAAACAAAGAAAAAGUUAGUGUGAUGAAAAGAUUGAGUUUGCCAACCAGAGGUAGGGAAAUCGUUGCCUAUGAUGAUAUUUUGUGAUAUUAUAAAAAUGGUAAAGCUGGAAUAAUUUAUAGCAUGGUGAUUCACUGCUAAGAUGUAGUUAAAAGACUUGUAUAUUGUUCUUAAUUCUUUGUUUUAGGAUAGGAGGUAGCUUAAAAUCGCAACAAAUAACAGGAGUAAGUGUUCUUGUUGUAACAUUAGUGAUUUAAUUUGUAAGUGUAGCUUGUUGAGAUUGGAUCUUUGAGUUAUGUUGGCUUUUUGCUUCA